AACGCUGCACUUCCAUUGGUUGAAAAUGCCUCGAAGGCGGGGUUUCUUACGCUGACCAAUAGAAAAACUGAUUUUCCACUGGCGCACGCUCCACCCUUCACCUCUCCAAUACGGCGAAGGCGGAAGGCCCUAGGGGCUCGUCCAAGCUACAGGUGAGCUGUGGAGCGCACCGCUCACAGGGUCUACUGAGGACGCGGGGGCGACGCUUGGAGCAGAGUUUGGUGCGAGAUUGAAAGAGGAAACCGCAGCAGGAAGAUGGCGGCUCGGCCGCGGCGGCAUCGGUCUCGUUGUGCAGAAGUGUCCCGAGGUGAUUUUUGUGACGGCGCUAAGGAGAUGAUCGACGAAUCCUCUUUUACCACCUCCAUGGAGUGGGACACACAGGUGGUGGAGGGGUCCUCGCCGCUCGGUCCGACGAAAUGUGGGGCGAAAGAACAGCCAAUCAGCCCGCUGCUGCCGUCGUGGCUGCAGCCCGAGAGAUGCGCGGUGUUCCAGUGCGCGCAAUGCCACUCUGUGCUGGCGGAUUCAGUGCACCUCGCCUGGGACCUGUCGCGUUCCCUUGGGGCCGUGGUCUUCUCCAAUAAAGACCCUUCUCCUGGUUGAGCCUCCAAAAAUACGAUGCCAUGCUGCUGAAGAACUACUUGAAUUCUCCGGCUAUUUGCUACUAAGGGAUGUUUCAAAACACAGGCCAAGUCUCUUUUUUCUGCAGUCUGGCAAGACUAUCACAUGGUCCACCAGAGAUAAGCAGCGGUCUGACAGUCCAACUGUGCCACCAUUGGAUUUAUCACCUCCAUCCAUCUCCUGUGGGAGAAGCUCAUGUCGGCCGCUUGGUCCUGAAUUAUUCUACCGUACCUGAUGUUAUCAAAAGCAAUUCCUGAAGAUGAAUCUCUCUUGUACAUGUAGAAACACUCAGAGGUAACUUUGUGCUAAUUAAGCUCAUACAAAUUUAUGUGCUUCCCCUGACACCUGAGCACCUGGGGAUUAUGCCAUGUAUGGCUGUCCAGGCUACAGGUACUUGGUGACUCUGCCAAUCUGAUUUAGCAGAACUAAUGUAAUGGCUAUCUGAAUCACCUUAAUCAAUAAAUCCUGGGAAGGAGUAACUUGUCUCCUUUAUGCUUCUAUGUGGGAGAGAAAGUGCCACAAGAUAUCCCUUCAAGGGGGCUGAUUUUUGGCUCAUCUUUGACUCCUUGCAAUUAUUGGCACUAAUCCUUGGGUCAUAUUCCCUCCUUUGGGCCCCAGGUAAAGAGGGAUGUUCUACUUGAAGGAUACAGUUUUCUGUUUCCAUACAGCAGUGUGAGUUACCUGUUACCUGGUCUCAGAGAACACAUUAUAGAGACAGAUCAAAAAUCUCUAUUUUGCGUCUAAUCAUGAUAACCAAUGAGAUGGAACCAACCUAGAAAUCAACAAGUCUGUCUGAACUCCCUGAUUGUAGAUGGAUCGUUGAUUGGCCUUAGAUUACAUCCUGAGCAGCAGGGAGGGUAUGUAUCCGUCUCAACUGGAUGAAUACCAACAGUGUGGUGGCUCUAUCCAUGAGUACCCUAAGGAAGGAAGCUACAUGAUUGUCUGAAAUAAGACUUAUUAGUCUUUUCUGGGACUUACUCACUUGAUCCUAGAAUACUGGAGUUCAUGAUUAAGUUUGAUAUUUCAGAUUGACCUCAUCCUGUGGAUGGGAUUCUGUUGACAGUAACCUUAAUCCACUAUUGGUUGAAAAAAAAAAAAAAGGAAGAGAUUUGGUCCUAGUGUUCAUAUGUUUAAAAUAAACUGCUUAUUGGGCAGCCAAAUCAUAUGAAUAUUUAAAUUCAACUACUCAUAUGCUGGGCUGACAGGUGAACUACUGGGAGACAUAGUCCCCUGAGCAUGGGAUGCUGAUCCUCUGACCCAGAAUUGUUUCUACAGCUGGUCACGUAGUCAGUUUAGAACCUUCACUCCCUGCCUGGCCACAUGAAGACGAUCAUGACCCAUUGUGACCCUCACUUAUGAGGGAGGAGGGUUUGCUUACUGCCCACUGCAAAGGCACUGACCCUCAGGUCUGGGCUCCGCAGAGGCCGUGCGAUGCACUGUGUGCAGCAGCGAUCUGUCUGAUGCGUCGCACAGUGAGACGUGCCGGCAAGGAAGCUGGCAUCACCAUACUAAUGUGCCUGCUGUUUGUUGUGCUGAAAUAAACUCUUCUCUCUGGUCCACUGA